CAUAUGCAAACAGCUUCCCUGUACAGCUAGUACAUUUGCAAAGAGCAUUAAGCCUGCAAUCAAAUAUCAAAAAUGUGGAGCACACUUAAAUCUGGGAUGUGUGUUAGGGUACAUUAAGAAACGCUGCUUUUACUAAGUUCUUGGCAUGAUCAUAAGAGAUUUACCACAGCCAAGGAUGGGGCAAGCUGAAUAGCUCACAGAGGGAACUCAGACAUUUUGGAUCCUGACUCAUUUAACUUUGUUUACACAGUUGACUCCGUUCAUUCUCUGAAACAAGUCACUUCCCCUAUGCUGGCUGAUAAGAGUUUAGCAGCUUGUUGAGGUGGAGUGUCAGAGUCAUUCCCAGCCACACCACUGGCCCCUGUGCACCGCUUGCACUGGAAGCUGUUUGGAAAAGAAGAAAUAGAGAACUGUGAAGGGAAAUCAUGCAUCAUCCUCCUGGCUGGAAACCACUGAAGACUAUAAGCUGCUUUCAUCAUGUGGAUUCACCGGAGAAAUGACCUUCCUAGAUCAGCCAGGCCAAAUCAUAAACUGGUUUGUUUGCUCGCUGUGCACCCCACGGGUGCUGAGGCUCUGCAGUGGCAGGCGUCCCAGGACCAGGAGGAAUCUGCUGCUGGGUGUAGCCUGUGUGCUGUACCUGGGGUUUCUGGUCAGUCAAGUGGGUCACAUUUUACCCCAGCACAGAGGGGGACGCCAGAAGGUCAGUUCCAGGAGUCUUCAAGAUGCUGGUCAGACACCUUUUCCGGGGAUCCCACUGGAUGGCACUUUGUCCCCACCUGAUCUCCAAGGGCCCCAGAUGGCUGGCAAUGGGACCUCAGCGCCACCCAACGUGGUGUACAUCACACUGCGGUCCAAGCGCAGUAAACCCACCAACAUCCGAGGCAGUGUGAAACCCAAGCUCAGGAAGAAGCAUGGAUUCCCUUUGCCCUAUGGGCAGCGCUUUCCAGCAGGUGUCACUGGGCAGGAGGAAGCCUUGUCCCAGCAGCAGGGGCGGACUAGCUACUCCAUGGGAAUAAUGAGGGCAGCAGUAGUUCCAGAGACACCAAGGCACCAACUGAAGAAGCACUGGGAUGGAGAGAGGGAGGCAGCGGGCAGGGGACACCGAAGUCAUAUUGGGGUUUCAGGAGGUGUAAAUGUGCAGCCCCAGGCUCGGGAGAGUAAUAUCAGGCUAUACAGUGAGAAGUCCCCCUCGUGGCUGAGCAAAGAUGACAUCCUAAGCAUGCGUUUGCUGGCAGAUUCCCGGAUAGGCAGUAUCCGAGAAGCACCCUCUCAGCAUGGAGUCCUAUUGGUGUUUGAAAGGAAUCCCAGUGCCACAGGAGCAGCUUGCAGUCAAGGGUACUGUGGCCUCAUCAAGAGACCCCUUGAUAUGAGUGAGGUGUUUGCCUUCCAUUUAGACAGGAUCCUGGGGCUGAAGAAGACCUUGCCUUCUGUAAGCAGGAAAUCGGAGUUCAUCCAAGAUGGUCUGCCAUGUCCUGUUAUUCUCUGGGAUUCCUCAUUGGCUCCAACAAAUAAUAGGACCCAUUCUUCCGUGAGGCUAAAUUGGGGGGCCUAUCAGCAGCUAUUGAAACAGAAGUGCUGGCAGAAUGGCAAAGUGCCCAAAGCUGAGUGGGGCUGUACUGAGAUCCAUCACCAUGAGUGGUCCAAGAUGGCACUCUUUGAUUUUCUUCUGCAGAUCUACAAUCGACUGGACAGAAAUUGCUGUGGGUUCAAACCUCGCAAGGAGGAUUCCUGUGUCCAGAAAGGACUGAAGCUGAAAUGUGAAGAUCAAGAUUCUGUUGACUUGACACACAUUAUUCAGAGAAGGCAUGACCCUAGGCACUUGGUCUUUAUAGAUAAUAAAGGUUUCUUUGACAGAAGCGAAGACAAUCUGGAUUUCAAAAUAUUACAAGGAAUCAAAGAGUUCCCUGAAUCUGCAGUUUCAGUGCUGAAAAGCCAGCGCUUGCGAGAGAAGCUUCUUCAGUCUCUGUUCCUUGACAAAGUAUAUUGGGAGAGCCAAGGAGGUCGCCUAGGAAUUGAAAAACUUAUUGAUGUGGUAGAAAGGCGUGCCAAAAUUCUUCUCACCUAUAUAAAUGCCCAUGGAGCCAAAGUAUCACCCAUGAGUGAAUAAAAGUCUUUUUUUCCCCUAACUCUAAGAAUUACAGUUAUAUAAGGCAAGAACUGAUGGCAAAAUUGCUUUUUCUUUUAAAAUUCUUUUAAUUUCCAAAACAUAACAGUAGCCAGGUAAGCCUGCAUUUGUUUAGACAUUUGAAAAAAAAUGUUAUAUAGUAUAAAAGUGCCAGUUCUCCAACUUUCUCUAAAAUCAUUCUUAAAUGCAUUUAUUGCUGUGUUCUUCUAACAAAGAUGUCUAAGCAGUGUAAUAAACAAUGCAAUAAUUUAAUACAAAUAUUGGAUUCUCAAUCUUCUAAACUUUCUUUUAUUCUCUCAGUUAAGGAUAGAUCUGUCUCCAUUGGAUUCUUUUACCAAAUAUUUCAUAAUUAAGAGUGGGAUUUUCAAAAGCACUCAGCCUUGGACAGCUGCUCUUACCGAAGUCAAUGGAAGUUGUAACAUUGAUUAAAAUGGGAGCAGACAUAAGCCAAUGCUGAGCACUUUUGAUUGAAAGUCCCAGUCUCAAAGAAUAACCACACCUCUGAUAGAGAACAUUAAUUCAGGGAGUUGCAUUCUUUCUUUUUUGUUUCUUUAGAACACACAAACUUCCAGUGUCUCCUAUGGCUGGUAUUUUUUUUAUUGUGUAUGUUAUAUUGUGAAAUCUAGGGACCAAAUUAAGUUGACACUUAAAACAGGUCAAAGAAAGAAUCUAAGUUUUGCCUGGAAACGAGAGUCCCAUGACACUUUGCAGUUAAACUAACUUUAAGGAGUGAAAUUUUACUAAGCAGUAAUCUUUAGCAUAUUUUGAAAUUGCUGCAACAGAUAUUAAACACAAAAGUAACAUUAAACACAAAAGUGUGCAAGAGGUAUAAGAAAUAUCAUUUCCCCAACAAAGGAAAUAAAUAAUAACUAAUCAUAAGGUGUUGAGGUAGUUGGAAUGUUACAAGGGAACAGGGAACUUAGAAAAUAACCUGAGAUAAGACGAGUGUACCAAAAGAAAUAAAUAGAUAAGGGUUGGAAUGAUAAACAAUAGAGUAAUAUGGAUAUAAUUACCCUAAGAAAUCAAGAGAAAGUAAGACCAUCUGGAGAUUGAAUGCAGGCUGUCAGAGAACUACGGGUGUCGUCGAAGGUCUUCUGUAGUAAUCUGUGUGUGCUGUUUUUACUAACUGUUAAAUCAGUAAAUUCAAUCAAAACUGAUUUAUUGGAGGUUUGUUAAUUAUUAAACUAAUCCAGAUUUGAAAGAACCCCUCUCAUUAAACAUAUAGACAUAAAAUAUAUAAUCACAGUUAACAUUUUUAUCAAUUACUGAUAAUAAAUUAAUUAAUAAUUGAUCAUUAACAAAUUAUCAAUAGCCUGCUUAUGCUAGCACUUGGGAAGGACAAAUACUUCCUCCCUAAUGAUUUAUUUGGACCAAAUCUGACUUUUUUUUUUGUCCCCAGAUUGUCCAAACUGGUCUGCAGAUUGUUUUAUGUGCCAUUUUUUGAGUGUAAUAAAUAUUUGCCAUUUGAAUUGUUUGGUACUUAUGGAUCACAUGAUAGGUUUCUGUUCCCUGUUGGCCUGAAUCCAACUCCAAGAAUCAGAUUUCCAGUGCAGCUAAUGGUGAUUAUAAAUUCAAUAUUAACUUUGUGUAUAUUCUGCUAUAUUAAAGUAAUGUUUUUGUUUCUGCAGACGUUCCUGGCAAUUUUCUAGAAUUCUGACAGAAAGCAAACGUAGAAGGGGAAUGAAUGUUAAAAUUAGAACAGAAAAUGUUGUUUCUAGUAUUCUCCUAGCUCUAAAUGUAGCCUCUGGUGUUCCAUUAAGAAUGUCCACUGUUCUUCAAGAAGAUACUUUGUCAUUAGAGAUAGGACGAAUCAUAAAAUAUCAAUGGUGCAUAUCCUCAACUGGUUUAAAUUGUUGUAACUGUGUUGACUUCAAAAAGCUAUGACAACUCACAGCAGCUGAAGAUCUGUCAGAAGUAUUUCUGAAUAGAGGGGUAUUGGGAAAGUCAGACAUUAGCCACUAUUCAUCUUGAAUAAGACUUUUCCUAGGUCUUAAUGUGCUUCCAGAAAUAAAACAUAAAUCAGUGUCGAAUACCAUAAAAAUAUAGCUGCCUCUUAGUACUCAACAGACAUUCAAUAAAUUUUUUUGAAGGUAGUGGGCAUAUUACAUGUUUCUAUGCAUAUCUAUCUCUGACAAUGUAUGUACAAUAGUAUUUUUCCAUUGUGAGAAAUUUAAAUACAGUUGUAUGGUAUUUUAAUUAAAAAAGUUUUAAAUAA